GCCUGGGGGUGCGUCCGCCCUCCGAGGGGCGCCGCAGAUCUGCGGAGAGAGGACCUGCGGGGCGUGGCCGGUCCCCUCGGAGGCCUGUUCCGCCACACACUGGCGUCCUGCCUCCUCCGUAGGCGGGAGGGGUGGUCUGGAGCCCCUUCGUGCCUCAGUUUUCUCAUGGGGUAACACGAUCCUGACUCUCAGGAACCUGGCUCCUGGAGGCAGGUGACAGCCACGGCCCCCAGCGGCCUCAGGCGGAGGGAGCCUGGCGCCCCACUCCCCACGCGCCCAGUCGCCCGCUUCCCGGGUGCACACGACGCUCUGGGGAGGCCGGGCCCGCGCCUGGGUCACUGAGAGGAAGGGCGGACCCCAGGCUCAGGAGCACAGGGGCGAGGCCCGAGAAGGGCCUGAGCGGUUAUGGGGUGGGCGCAGAGUGGAGGCCAAAGCCUUGUGUAUCUGUGUGCGUGUGUGAGCAUGUGAGCCUGUGUGUGUGUGCGUGGGCAUGUGAGCCUGUGUGUGCGUGGGCGGGGGGGGAGUGUUCGAGGGUGCCAUGGGGGAGGGGAGGAAGAGCCUUCCAGGCAGUGCAGACGGUAAGUGCGUAGGCCCCGUGCAGGGUGGUGUAUGUGCAACUGGAUAGGAGAUGGAGAGAGACAGGCCUAUGGCAUUGUGUGGAAGGCAGUGGACCGGAGGACUGGUGAGGUCGUGGCCAUCAAGAAAAUCUUUGAUGCUUUUAGGGAUAAGACAGAUGCCCAGAGAACAUUCCGGGAAAUCACGCUCCUCCAGGAGUUUGGGGACCAUCCCAACAUCAUCAGCCUCCUUGACGUGAUCCGGGCAGAGAACGACAGGGACAUUUACCUGGUGUUUGAGUUUAUGGACACUGACCUGAACGCAGUCAUCCGGAAGGGCGGGCUGCUGCAGGACAUCCACGUGCGCUCCAUCUUCUACCAGCUCCUGCGGGCCACCCGGUUCCUCCACUCCGGGCACGUUGUGCACCGGGACCAGAAGCCGUCCAAUGUGCUCCUGGAUGCCAACUGCACAGUGAAGCUGUGUGACUUUGGCCUGGCCCGCUCCCUGGGCGACCUCCCCGAGGGGCCUGAGGACCAGGCCUUGACAGAGUACGUGGCCACACGCUGGUACCGAGCUCCGGAGGUGUUGCUCUCUUCGCACCGAUACACCCUUGGGGUGGACAUGUGGAGUCUGGGCUGUAUCCUGGGGGAGAUGCUGCGAGGGAGGCCCCUGUUCCCGGGUACGUCCACCCUCCACCAGCUGGAGCUGAUCCUGGAGACCAUCCCGCCACCAUCCGAGGAGGACCUCCUGGCUCUCGGUUCAGGCUGCCGUGCCUCUGUGCUGCACCACCUGGGGUCCCGGCCACGACAGACGCUGGAUGCCCUCCUACCGCCAGACACCUCCCCAGAGGCCUUGGACCUCCUUAGGCAACUCCUGGUGUUCGCCCCGGACAAGCGGUUAAGCGCGACCCAGGCACUGCAGCACCCCUACGUGCAGAGGUUCCACUGCCCCAGUGACGAGUGGGCACGAAAGGCAGAUGUGCGGCUCCGGGCACACGAAGGGGUCCAGCUCGCUGCACCUGAGUACCGCAGCCGCGUCUAUCAGAUGAUCCUGGAGCGUGGAGGCAGCAGCGGCACCUCGAGAAAGAAGGGCCCGGAGCGUGUCUCCCGGAGCCAGGCACACGUGCACAAACCCAGAGCCGACCCUCAGCUGCCUUCUGGGACACGUGUGCAGGGUCCCAGACCCAGGCCUCAGAGUAGCCUGGGCCACGACCCCCCCGAGCAUGAGUCCCCCUGUGCAGCCAAGAACAUUCCCAGGCAGAACUCCGCUCCCCUGUUCCAAACUGCACUCCUAGGGAAUGGGGAAAGGCCCCCUGGGGCGAAGGAAGCGCCCCCCUUGACACUCUCGCUGGUGAAGCCAAGCGGCAGGGGAGCUGCGCCCUCCCUGACCUCCCAGGCUGCGGCUCAGGUGGCCAACCAGGUCCUGAUCCGGGGUGACUGGAACCGGGGUGGUGGGGUGAGGGUGGCCAGCGCACAACAGGUCCCUCCCCAGCUUCCUCCGGAGGCCCGGCCCGGCCGGAGGAUGUUCAGCACCUCUGCCUUGCAGGGUGCCCAGGGGGCUGCCAGGGCUUUGCUUGGAGGCUACUCCCAAGCCUACGGGACUGUGUGCCACUCGGCACUGGGCCACCUGCCCCUGCUGGAGGGGCACCGUGUGUGAGCCGCCCUACUCCCUUCACCUGGUCCCCUGUUCCUGCCCCAGCCCCUUCCCCAGACCCCUCCCCAGUCUCCUGCACCCCUUAGCCCUCCCUGCUUUGCCCGGCCACGUUGAAGUUCCAGGGAGCUUGCCCGGGUCUCCUUGGGGGAGCAGAUGAGGGCCCUGCCCCAGCCCCACUGACUUCCUCCAAUAAAGUCAUGUCUGCCCC